CCCAUCUUCUUCUGGAAGAAGUAGACUUAAUCUGAUAUAUCAGGAAGAUUCAACACUGCUUCUGCCUUCUCGUCGUUUUGUGAAAUCUAACGUGCGUAAAAUGAAGCUUCUUUGAAUUGCAGGGGUGGAAUUCAGCUACGCGGACUUUUUUGGCCGUAGGUGGUUUUCGCUUUCUGUGGAAGAGCUGGGUUUUUCAAUCUUCAUUUUGAUUGCUUCCCUCCCCUGCCGACGGAAGUCAAUUGAUAGGAACUGUGCAGUUGGAGAAAAACCCAGAUCCGUACAGAGCCUGCUGACUUCACGUUUUUGGAGCUAUCAGCAGCUUUCCAAGACUUCGAACGCCGUGGCCGUGCGGUUUUCACACCCACCAGAAACCAAAAAGACUUGGCCUUUCUCCAAAACCCGUCUUCCAUUUCCAUUUCCAUCGCCAGAGUUUUCCGGGGCCAAAAGCCAGAAAGAGCCAGAGAAAACUAAGAGAGCAACAUAACAUGUCAAGGCCAAGUCUUUCAUGUCUCUCCCUCUACCUGUUCACAGUCUCAGCCUUCUUCAUUGGCCAUGGAACCUCUCAGAGCCAGGAGAAUACAGCCGAUGACCGAGAAAUCCUGCUGAGAAUCAAGCAAUACUGGCAGGACCCGCCGCAGCUGUCUCACUGGUCAUCUUCAGGCCCCUCCUCGCCCUGCACUUGGCCGGAAGUUAACUGCACCGUCGCCAACUCGGUCAUGGGGUUGAAUUUCAACUCCAUGAACAUCCCCGGUACGGUUCCACCAUUCAUUUGCGACUUAAAAAACUUGGCAGUUCUUGAUCUUUAUAACAACAGUAUUGCGGGAGGUUUUCCAAGGGAGCUCUACAACUGUUCCAUGCUCCAGUACUUAAAUCUCGGUCAGAACUACUUCGUCGGUCCGGUUCCUGAUGACAUCGACCGGUUGGCUCGCCUCAAUCAUCUCGAUCUCUCUGGUAAUAACUUCACCAGUGAUAUUCCGGCGGCCAUUGGGCGGUUGAAGGAGCUGAGAGUUCUGUACCUCAAUCAGAAUCAGUUUAACGCGACUUUCCCACUGGAGAUUGGCUUGUUAUCCCACCUGGAAGAGUUAUCAUUGGCCCACAAUGGGUUUCUGCCUUCGAGGCUGCAUUUCAACUUCACCCAGCUGAAGAAUCUCAAAGUGUUGUGGGUUUCUAAUGCGAAUUUGAUUGGUGAGAUAGCACCAACGAUUGGGGAAAUGGCAGCUCUGGAGUAUUUGGAUUUAUCUACGAAUAAACUCAAUGGAAGUAUCCCUGAUGGCUUGUUUAGGUUGAAGAACUUGACAGUGGUGUAUCUAUACAAGAACAGAUUAUCUGGACCAAUUCCUCAAUCCGUGGAGUCUCUGGAAUUGACCGACGUAGAUGUUUCGGACAACAACUUGAGUGGCUUGAUUCCUGAUGACUUCGGAAAGCUGGAGAAAGCCCGAAUCUUGAAUCUCUUCUUCAACAAUUUGGGUGGCGAAAUCCCAGAGAGCAUUGGCAGGCUUCCACAACUGAAAGAGUUCAGUGUGUUCACUAACAACUUAUCAGGCUCAAUCCCUGCAGAUUUUGGAAGAUACUCCAUGCUUGAAGUUCUUCAAGUUGACUCCAAUCGCCUUGCCGGUCAACUUCCUGAACAUCUAUGCAGCAAUGGGAAGUUAGAUGGAGUUGCAGCGUACGAUAACUUUCUCAGUGGAGAGCUGCCCGCAUCACUUGGAAACUGCAGCACCUUGAGAUUCCUCAGCAUUAAGAACAACUCUUUCUCUGGAGAGCUUCCUGCUGGGUUAUGGACUGCAACUAAUUUGGAAACUCUUAUCAUUGGAGAUAAUUCCUUCACAGGUCAGCUUCCUGAUGAUAUGUCAUGGAAUCUUUCUCGAAUUGAGAUGAGCAACAACAACUUUACUGGGGGGAUUCCAAUUGGAGUGAGCAAUUGGAGCAACAUGGUGUUCUUCUCUGCAAGCAACAACUCCAUUUCUGGCACAAUCCCUCCACAGUUGACUUCCCUUCCUCGACUCACCAAUCUUAUGCUAGAUGGAAACCAACUUACUGGUUCCCUUCCAUCUGACAUCAUCUCAUGGGAGUCUCUAACAACUCUCAACCUCAGAAGAAACCAGCUCUCGGGUGAAAUUCCUGACCAAAUUGGCAAUCUACUUCGUCUUUCAGAACUAGACUUAUCAGAAAACCAAUUGUCUGGCAACAUUCCUCCACAAAUCAGUCGAUUGCCUCUAACUUCUCUGAAUCUAUCCUCCAAUCAGCUAGCGGGAAACAUCCCACGGCAGUUUGAAAAUGGUGCUUAUUCCUAUAGCUUCCUGAACAACCCUGGUCUGUGUUCAAGCAACUCUGACCUGAACCUCAGUAGCUGCAACUCAAGACCUUCUCAAUCAAGCAAGCGUACUGCGACUCACAUCCUCGCCUUGGUGUUAAGCGUUUCAGCAAUCAUCGUUGUGGUAUCAGUCAUAUCAUCAUUUCUCGCCAUCAGGAAGCUUAGAGGGAAGCGAGUACAGGAUUCUGCCUGGGAGUUCACGUCGUUCCAGAAGCUCAACUUCACUGAAGAGAAAAUCCUUGCAGGGUUAACAGAGAGCAAUGUGAUUGGAAUGGGUGGUUCAGGGAAAGUCUAUCGUGUUGCUGUGGACUGUCAGAACGAUUUCGUUGCAGUGAAAAGAAUCUGGAAUGAUGAUGAUAACAAACUGGCUAAGGAGUUCAUGUCGGAAGUGGAGACAUUGAGUGCAAUCAGACACUCCAACAUAGUCAAGCUUCUGUGCUGCAUAUCCAAUGGCGAUUCUAAGCUUCUUGUUUAUGAGUAUAUGGAUAACCGUAGCCUGGAUUGGUGGCUGCAUUCCGGUACAAUGAAGCGGGCAGCACUGGACUGGCCAAAGCGACUCAACAUCGCCAUAGGUGCAGCUCAAGGUCUGGCUUACAUGCACCAUGAUUGUGUGCCUUCAAUCAUUCACCGAGACGUGAAAUCCAGCAACAUCCUUCUGGACUCCGAAUUCAACGCCAAGAUCGCCGAUUUCGGCCUGGCAAGGAUGAUUAUGAUGAACAGCAGCAGCAGCAGCAGUAGCAGUGGAGAAGAAGCUGCUGCUACGUUUUCCACGGUGGCUGGCUCGUUUGGCUACAUGGCUCCAGAGUACGGGCAGACGAGGAGGGUGAACGAGAAGAUUGACGUGUAUGGCUUUGGAGUGGUGCUGUUAGAGCUGACGACAGGGAGACAGGCGAACGGUGGGGGAGGGGAGGAGAAGAUGAGGACGACGAAGAGCCUUGCAGAGUGGGCCUGGGGCCGAGUCCAGGAAGGGAAGGCAAUCGGCAAUGUCCUCGACGAGGAGGUGAAGGAGGAAGGUUGUUACUUGGAUGAGAUGGUGUCUGUUUUCAAGCUGGGGAUUCUGUGUACGACCGCAUUGCCUUCGAGCAGGCCGUCGAUGAAGGAAGUGGUGCAGAUGUUGGAGAGAUGGAGAAGAGAGGGGAGUUCACGAGGGAAGAGUGGCAGUGAAAGGAGGGUAGACGAGAGCCCUCUGCUUAGGAACUCCAAUGGCGACAGUAGCUUGCCAGUGUGAGUGUGUGAGUAUGGGUGUAGAUAUUACAUAGCAAGGAAUUUGAAGUAGUCAGGCAAAGAUUGUAUUUUGGCGGGUUUUUUCCUAUUUCCAGAUGUAGUGGUAAAGAAUGAAUGCACAAUAAACAAUCAUACAUACAUAUCCAACAAGAUAAGGAAUCGGAAUACAAUGUAUGAAUGUAACACAAGACUCAAGAGGUAUAUGUGCCCUAAAUCUGUGUGUUAAUUCGCACAUUUGUUGCUCUCUUAAAUGUCUGGUAUAAUAGCUUUUUACUUUUUGUGAGUUAACUGGUUUGAAGUUUGAACUGCGCGAUGACUCUGUUUACUAUUGGAAGACAAUGAAUUGUACCCCAUGAGUCAAGCUACUGAUAAAUUCGGAUGAAUUCCCAAAAUACAAAUGAUUUUAAAAGGGUAAAUUGCAAGGUCGGUUACUAGGAUUAUUAAAAAUGUUCAUGUUUGGUCACUAAAAAUAUUUAUUUCAUUAAUGGUCACUAAAAUUUGUUAAACAAUUCAAGUUUGGUCACUCUCCAUUACCUUCCGUUAGUCUCUGUUAACGACGUUAGUUUUUUGGUGACGUGGCUAACAUAAAUGUACAAUCACUCAAUUUUAACCUAAAAACUUAAAUCCAAACUACCACGUCAUAAAAACAUGCCACAUCAUAUAACCCAACUCUGCCCAACCCAUGAUCCCACCCACCCACUCAAAUUAAAAUAAUAAUUCUAAAAUCACUUAAAUUCCCUUUCUCUCUCGGCCACUCAACAGUCAACUCCACAGACCUUUCUUCCCCAACCAAAACCAUCGCCACUGAUCUUCCUCCGUUUGCUACACCGGCGGCACCAUCGACCACAAGCCCAAGAACUCCAACCCGCCGGACAUCGACCUUCGAGUCAAGAUCUUGACCAGGUACCCGAAAUCGUACGCGCACCCAGCUCACCGACUCAGCCACGAAGAGGAAGAAGCGGCUGUAGAAUCCAGAGAUCCCAAAUCGUCGGUGGAAGAUGAAUCAGCGCUGGGUUUGGGAAGAAGAAAUCGACUUCUUCCUCUUAUGCUCCUGAAUCCCACAUCGGCGUUAGAUUGAAGAAAAGUAGGCGGCCUGAAUCCUCCCGUCCCAAACGCCCAACAAAAGAACACCCUUCUCUUUCCGAUUCAAACUCUCAUCAACCAACUCCGUCAAAAAACCCGACUCCUUAGUCUCCCCAAGUAGCUUAUUAGUUACGGCGGCAAGCUCGUCCAAGGCGGCCAAAUUCGCGUCCUCCGUUCAAUGCUCCAUCUCGUUCUCUAGUGAAAUACCCAGCUAUUCCCCUUCGCAAUUUCAUCCCCUGUCUCCCUCCACUUUUGAGUUUUACUGAAAACAAGAGAAGCACGGGUGGUGGCGUGCGGGAGGAACUGUGUGGAACUGACAGCUCGGUGAAGCACCACUGAGAGAUGAGAUGACAGGAGACGACGUGCGGCAGCGGAUUCUUGGAGUGGGGGUGAAAGGAUGGUGAGAGGGUACGGAAGCAUGGUCGUUUCUUUGGAGGGGGGAGGUUAUCUCGGCUGAGGGCGGGUAAAAUUGGCGAAGUUGGGCGAGUUCUAUGGAGCUCCAUUCAGAAGGCGACAAAUAAUGAAACAGUAAUUGAAGUUUGUCCCAGCGGGGGAUUGCUAAUUGUCGCCCUUACUUUAUUAAGAUCGCCCUAAUUUAAAAAUUAAUUUUACCACAUCACCCUUUUCCUUUUCGUUGUUAUUUAAUAUUUUAUUAUAACAAGAAUCUAUAAGAAAUUGAAAUUAAGAUU